AUGAUAUAUUCUAACACAAAUUUUUUAGAACAACCUAUUGAGGAUCCUGAUAGUAGAGAAAAUGGGUAUAGUGAAGAUACAAAUAAAGCUUUUUGGGUAUUAACAAAUUCAGAUCCACCUGAACAACGAUAUAGAUAUUUGGAUAAUCAUGAAAAUGUUUGA